AGUUUAAUAUUAUAAAAUAAUAUUGGGAUUUUGAAGAUGUUAAAUAAAAAAUAUAAAUAUUAGUAUAAUAUCAUAAAAUAAUAUUAUUUAAAAAAUAUUUGCGUGAUCGAUCCACCCCUCCCUCUUCUCAAAAAAACAAAAAGGAAACCGAUCUCAUUCUCUGCUAUUACAACUGCGUGCAAAGUGCUUCUGAAGGUCAAAGUACAAAAAUGGCAGAAUCUUCUGAUGAUCAAAAUCCUUGUAAUUGUCCGAUCUGUCUUCAUCUUCUGAAGUGCCCAGUAACUACAACUUGUGGUCACAGUUUCUGUAUGAACUGUCUUAAUAAAUUCUGGGAUCAAGACGAUCAGAAGGGCAUUUACAGCUGUCCUCAGUGCAGGCAGACGUUCAGCCCAAGACCAGCUCUCAGCAGAAACACUGUGCUGGCUGAAGUUGUAGAGAAAUUGAAGAGAGAAGCACUAGAAGCAGGAACAGUCUCUCCUAUCCUGAGUUUUGCUGUGUCUGGAGACGUAGACUGUGACAUCUGUACAGAGACCAAGCUAAAAGCCAUCAAGUCUUGUCUGGCAUGUUUGGCUUCUUAUUGUGAAUCUCACAUUCAAACUCAUUAUACAUCUCCUGCUUUAAGGAGACACAAACUGGUCAAUGCCUCACCACAUCUACUGGACCAGAUCUGCUCCCAACAUGAUAAACUACUGGAGCUGUACUGUUGCCAAGAUCAGCAGCUGAUAUGUAUACAGUGCGCUUUGAUCAACCACCAGAACCAUAGCAUGACUUCACCUGCAGCAGAAAGACAAAAAAUACAGGAACAAUUGAAGUCAAAUCAGGAUGAUCUACAAGAGGACAUGCUUCAGCGAGAGAUCAAGGUGAAGGACCUAAGACAAGCCAUGGAGUCUUAUAAACUCUCUGCAGAGGCAGCAGUGGAGCACAAUGAGAAGAUGUUUACUGAGCUGAUCAGCUCCAUGGAGAAACAUCAAGCUGAUAUAACAAAGAUGAUCAGAGCUCAGGAGAAAACAGAAAUAAGCAGAGUUGAGAAACUCAUACUUACACUGGAGCAGGAGAUCAAUGACCUAAGAGAAAGACACGAUGAACUGGGGCAGCUUUCACUGAUAGAGGAUAACAUCAAUUUCAUUCAGAAAUUCUCAUCUCUUUCCCGCUACCAAUGUUCAAACUUGUGCACCAUCUCCAUCAGCCAACAGCUGACAUUUGAGGAAAUAGAAAAAGUUGUCUGUGAGCUGAAAAGCCAACUGGAUGAUCUAUGUGUACAAGACAUACUGUGGAUAUCAGAGAAAGUUCCCGUUGUCCAUAUAAUGGCGAACAAUGAAAAAGUCCCAAAGUAUUUGCCAUCCCAUCCCAAGACCAGAGAAGAAUUCCUUAUAUAUUCUUGUGAUCUGAAUCUGAAUCACUCAUCAGCCUGCAGUCAACUCUCUGUAAACAACAAGUCUGUGUCAAGAAAUAAUUCUGAACUAUACAGUAACUAUAGGUCCUCACCAUUUUCUUUUAGCCAAACAUAUGUAAGUACAUACCAGGUGUUGUGUAAUGAGAGUCUAUCUGGACGCUGUUAUUUUGAGGUUGAGUGGGGAGGAACAGGUUGCUAUAUUGCAUUCUCAUAUGACCAGAUUAGUCAAGGAGGUGGAACUUUUAUCUUUGGCUCUAACAAUAGAUCCUGGAAAUGUGACUUUCCAAAAGCUAAUCUCAAUGUAUGGCAUGAAAACCAACAGACUAGCAUUUGUUUGGUCUCUAAAAUUGGAGUGUUUCUUGAUCAAGAAGCAGGAACGAUUUCCUUUUACAAUGUCUCUGACAAAAUGACCCUCCUGCACAGAAUCCAGACCACAUUUACUCAGCCCCUCUACCCUGGGUUUUCAUUUCAGAAUUUGGGAGAUUACUCCUCAGUGGCAAUUUGUGAUCUGUUAUCUCAAAAGCAAAAUAAAGAAAUCUAAUUAAAAGCGAUAGGGUUUUUCGCCCAUAUACUUUAGUCACUGGGCUAUCUAAAUGAAAAACUUCUUUACUUUGUGGAAUAACAGCCACUUUCUUUUCUGUUAUUUGUAGUGAUUGCAUGUCAAAAGGUGGGUUGUUCUAUCAGGUGUUAUGUUUUGUUGUUGUUGUUGUUUUUUUUUGAUUGACCAAUUCCCAUUACAAAUAGUGGAUUCAGGUUGAACUUCUAUGGUUAAUUGAAUGCUUUAUUCACAAUUAAUCACUUUUUUGUACAAACUGAGGAAUUGUCUGUAUACCAACAGCAGAACAGAUCCAUGAAAUGUUUAGUUCCUGUGGCUCAGUGGUAGAGCAUUGCGUUAGCAGCGCAAAAGGUCAUGGAUUCAAUUCCCAGGGAAAAUACAUAACACAUAUAGGCUGAAUGCACUGUAAGUCGCUUUCGAUAAAAGCGUCUGAUAAAUGUAAAUGAAAUAAAUGUAAAAAGUCUUGCUUGCGAUUGAAUGCGUUUGUUUUUGUUUUUUUUUUGCACUUUUGCCUACAUGUGUUGCAUUGGAAUUUUUAAGGAUGUUAUGUACAGUAAAUAUCUGCAUUUUUGUUUAAUCGUAUAUUCUUUGAUUAGCAUUAGCUUAUGGAUAGCCUACACCGUAUUUUACAUGUAAACAUGCUGUAUGUUUGUUAGCUACAGUAUGUUUGAACUUUCUUUUGAGUCUUUGUAGGUUUAAAAAAAAUAAAUAAAAUAAAAUACAAUUUUUA